AUGGAGUUGCUCGAGGAAAUAAUGCUGGAUCAAGUACUUCUAAAAUUACACUGGCGACAUUUUCGAACUCUGGAAGGAAUUAGAGUUGCUUUUCCAGGAGAGGAAAAGCACUCUAUGGCAAGGGCCCAAAGAAGACACAUUAGAUGCAUUAUUGAUUACAAACGUAGUUACCUGACUGUGACAUCAUCGCUCUCGCCACCUAGAAAAAAAUUUUUUGUGCUGAAAGCCGUUAUUUCGACACGUUCGAACUUCAACAUGAACUUAUUGAAGGCCCAUACUCUCCUGUCUCGCACGCGCUCCAUUGCGUCGCCAGUUAGGCUUUUCCAACAAUCUCAAGUCGAUGUGUUUGACCUCACCAGAUCUCGUCAACUACUGAUUUUAACUACAAAACCUCAACACUUAUCAACAGACAAGCGGAAAAAUACUGAAAAAGUACUGGAACUCAUUCAAGACGGUGUCAUCCAGGAAAAAAUUCUAAUUACCGCUGGCAUUGGCCUUGUGUUUUCGUAUUUGUACUUCGUCUACGAGAGCCUUGGAGCUCUCAAUUCUAGAUCAUUGAUGAAGCGCAAGAACCUCGAAAAUCGUUUGAAGUCAAUCUUGCAACCCUCUCUUGAUGAUUUACCAAGUAACUACCAUCUAAUUGUGGGCGAACAUGGAACAGGAAAAACAACCUUAAUUCAAAUAACUAUAAUGAAUCUCCAAGAGCCAAUGUCCGAUGUUUUGAUUCUUGAUCAAGCAGAUCGCAUCACUAAGAAAGGCACAGAAUUUAUUGUGUUAUUCCAAGAUUUUGCGAAGGACGGUACGGAUAAACACACGCUCGUCAUUAUAUUUGUCUCGAGUGAAGGUUUGAUUCCUAUUAUUACAACUCGUUUUGUGUGGUCGCUGGCAAAUAUGCUAUGGAAGUUGGUGACCUCAGAUGAAGAAGUCAUUAAAUACUUGCGAGAUUCUGGGUCAAAUAUCACACCUCUAAAAGUUUGCUUCAAAAUUUCGAACGGUUUGGAAGCGCUGGCAGUCCCUACAAACCAUGCAAUUUUCAUAAAACUUCUUGAAGUACAUAUAUUAGGCAACGAGCAAGCUAAAACCAUCAUGGAUUCCAAAACGCGUCGUAAACUUAUUGAAGCUAAUAUUCUCAAAGAAUCUACAGACGGCAAGCUGUCCUUUUAUGAGCGUUGCGUCGAAACCUACUUUAGAGGUUGGUUUGAUCUCUCUUAUGGAUCAACCUCAUUAGGAUAUGGUCCAGGAGUCGCAAAUUAUCAUAUGCGAAGCGUUCGAAUUGCAUUUAAUAAUUUUGCAUUAAUAAUUCUCUUAGAUCCUUAUAUAUACGAAUUAGCGUCCCAAACACCACGUAAUCUGGCCGGAAAUAGAAGAUAA